AUAUUAAGUUUUUGUACAGAGUAUCGCUAUCGGAUCAGUAUCGUCAAUACCACUCUGAAUUUUACUUGGUAUCGGAUCGGAAAGGAAAUCAGUGGUGUCGCACAUCACUAACUAGCAGCCAUGAUAAAGUGUCAGCGCUUUGGCCCGAUACAUCUACAUGGUGAACUACAUAUUAAAAUAGGCGUGCAAAAAGUUAAAAAUAGACAUCCAUAAGAAAGAGGAUACACUUUUGAAAUACUCAACUGCUACCGCUUCAAGUGCUUGUAGUUUAAGCUCUAAUUUGAAACAGAGCAUGGACAUCAGUAACUCCGGGCAGAGUUGUAGCCUGACAUUUUUUAUAGAGGUGACCAGGCUGAGACAUCACUACCUUCGGGGAUGACACAUGAAAUGGAUGUGUUGUUAUUUUUUUUUCUUUCUGUCUGACAAACCCCUCUAGGUAAAAUUGCUGUCUUUUGGUGACUCAAUCCUGUUGUUUCAAUUGAAUUAAACAGCAAGGAGCUUUAUAUUGUAAGUUAAAGAGCUGCAAUAUUAGAGCGAAAACCCCAACGAUAAGACAAUCCCUUAUGAGCAAGCACUUAGCUAAACUGUCUUUGAAGAGGAAGAGACCUUAGUUAUUAUGUGCUUAUGUAGGCGUGACUGACAUUUAAUGUACUGAUGUUGGCUAUAGUUAUUUAAAUACUAUAUUAAGUGCUGUUAAAAUGUGCCCAAGCAGGGGCAGAUCCAAAAGGGGGGCACAGGGGGGGUAUCAACCCUAUAGAAAUAUAAUUGUCCCUCCUGCCCACCAGGGAGAGUACCUUUAAACUUAAAACCUGAGUAUUUUAUUCUGGUUUAAUUUAUUCAUACUUUAAGUAUUCCAACGUUAUUCCUUUUCUCAUCUAUAUUUUACAAACACCAUUACAAGAAAAUCCAGCCACUUUAAAAUAAGACUGCUUAUUAUCAUUUCAAAAGAACACAUAAUGAAGACUUAUACUGAAAGGCUCAUCUGAAGCAGCUGUGGCAUUAAAGUAAAAGGAUUAAUAACCACUGAUGCACUCUGCCUUUCUAAUGUAUAAAUGUAUUACAUGCAUAUGUGUAGAUUAUAUGCCGGGCUUUAGAUAUUCAUCUCAAAGUGACAUUUCUUUUCACUUAAUCUUCAUUAGCUGAUUUUUUCCUCUUCCCGGCUAAUGUGGAUAUGAAAAAAUAAAAAUAAAAGCACAAAUCAUAAUAUGAUAAAAGAUUUUCAUUCCUCAUGAAUGACAGCCAAGCCUGAAUCUGUCCUUUAAGAUUAAAGGCUCAGUUUUCACAUGUCUGUGUGUUGGGUUUGUGGGUCUUUGAUUGUUUUUUCUCACCAAUAACUUCUGAAUGUAGAACUCCAGUGAUCUUACUGCUAGGUGUUUAAGCCUGUUUACAUGUCCUUGAUCAUUUUAUUUUUCAGCAACAAGUGGAUGAAUUAUACUCUGUGGGGUUCAUCUCUGUGUGCAGACCUUCUGAAAGCCACUUUAAACACAUAAAAAAGCACAGAGUUGCCUAACAGUGUACUCAGUGGUGUUCAAAUUCUAGUCUGCAUUUUGACAGGUGCUGUGUUAGAGGUCAAACUGUCUGCACACAAUACAGACGAAACAAGACAGUCAGCAGGGGAUUAAUAAUUAGCGAUUCUUGUACCCGUUUUAUGUGUAGUGCUAAAAACAGCACAUGAUAAUGGAAUUACAUAUAAAAUAUUAGGGGGCAAUUUUCUAGAGACUUCUGAGAAUCUUGUGAAAGAGUGAUAGCUUAGCUGUAUAACAGCCCUUCCUUCCGCCUCGGGUGAGCAAACAGUUGUCCUUCUAAUCAGUCUGCAUGUGAGUGUGUGUGUUUAUUAGACUGUGCCUGCACAGUCUCAGGAAUCACCCUCUCCAAGGUGAAUGAUUCUUGUUUUGGCAGAAUGAGAUAGCUUACAGUGUCUCUAACAAAUGUGAAAUUGUGGGCCAUUGACCGACAAUGUUUUCAGACGAUCAUGAUGAGGACGGGUUUAAUCAAGCACACAGAGUAUAUGGAGUUUCUGAAAAGCGUCCCCUCAUUCCACGGCCUACAGGAAGAUAUUCUGAGCAAGCUCGCUGAUGUCCUUGAGGAGACACAUUAUGAAGACGGAGAGUACAUCAUCAGACAGGGGGCCAGAGGAGACACCUUCUUCAUCAUCAGUAAAGGAAAGGUUAAUGUAACCAGAGAAGAUUUGCCCAACGGAGAGCCUGUCUACCUCCGCAGCCUCGGAAAAGGAGACUGGUUUGGAGAGAAAGCACUGCAAGGGGAGGACAUCAGGACAGCCAGUGUCAUUGCUGCGGGCGCAGUCACCUGUCUAGUCAUCGAUCGAGAUUCAUUCAAGCACCUGAUUGGGAGUUUGGAGGAUGUAUCCAGCAAAGGCCAUGAGGAUGCUGAUGCCAAAGCCAAGUAUGAAGCAGAGAAUGCGUUUUUCUUCAAUCUAAACCUAGCUGACUUUAACAUCAUCGACACUCUGGGGGUUGGUGGCUUUGGACGCGUUGAGCUGGUUCAGCUCAAGAGUGAUGAGAACAAAACAUUUGCCAUGAAAAUCCUCAAGAAGCGGCACAUCGUCGACACGAGACAGCAAGAGCACAUUCGCUCAGAAAAGCUCAUCAUGCAAGAGGCCCACUCGGACUUCAUUGUUAGACUGUACAGAACCUUCAAGGACAGCAAAUACCUCUACAUGUUGAUGGAAGCAUGUUUAGGCGGAGAACUGUGGACCAUUCUUAGAGAUCGGGGUUCAUUUGAGGACUCGACCACCAGGUUUUACACAGCCUGUGUAGUUGAGGCUUUUGCUUACCUGCAUUCCAAAGGCAUUAUCUACAGAGACCUUAAACCAGAGAACCUUAUAUUGGACCACAGGGGUUAUGCCAAACUGGUGGACUUUGGCUUUGCCAAGAAGAUUGGGUUUGGGAAGAAAACGUGGACCUUCUGUGGGACACCAGAGUAUGUAGCACCAGAGAUCAUUCUGAACAAGGGCCACGACAUCUCAGCUGACUACUGGUCUCUAGGAAUCCUUAUGUUUGAGCUCUUAACUGGCAGUCCUCCAUUCUCUGGCCCUGAUCCUAUGAAAACCUACAACAUCAUCUUGAGAGGAAUCGACAUGAUUGAGUUUCCAAAGAAAAUUACCAAAAAUGCUGCCAACCUAAUCAAAAAGCUAUGCAGGGAUAAUCCUUCUGAAAGACUGGGAAACUUGAAAAACGGUGUCAAAGACAUCCAAAAGCACAAAUGGUUUGAGGGCUUUAACUGGGAAGGUUUGAAGAAGGGGACACUGACACCACCUAUUAUCCCUAAUGUCACAUCAGCAGUUGACACAAGUAAUUUUGACAGCUUCCCAGAGGACAAUGAAGACCCACCUCCUGAUGACAACUCCGGCUGGGACGUUGAUUUUUGAAGUCCUCCUCUUCUCUUGAAACCAGAAGAAACUCUUCUUUUGUUGGCUUUUAAUGGUUUGGAGGUCAUUAAUGGAGGACAUGGCUGUGUUGUAAAAAACAAAACUGCAUUAAAAAUGAAAGAGAAGAUAUGGAAAAGAAGAUUAAUAGUUGGAUGGCAAACCCUCUGGGUCACCGAUAUGCCUUUAUUUCACUGUGGCUCUGGAUCAAGCAUUUAUAAUGGGACUGCUGUAGCACUUCUCCGGUGUUGUUUUACACUUGGGUCUAAAAGGCAAAGAAAGUGCAGGGAUACAAACACACACAUACACACACAAAUACAACAGAGGCUGAUAACGGAGCCAGGUUUUCCCAUGUAUCAUGAAGAGAUGCUUAGUGGAUGGAUGAAUGUUUUAAAGUUUGUCGAAGUUUUGCUUCGACAACUAGAAAAAGGAACUAUAUGUUGACAACCGCUCAAAAGAGGAAGGGGAUGGUUAUUGGUUUUUCUUUUUUUAUAGAUUCAUUUUUCCGCUAUAGUUAGUGAAAUAUUUGGUGGACUCUGGGAGGGGAUAUGAUGAUACUGCAGUUGGUCCCUGGUUAUCAACAUGCAGCUGCUUUCUGCAAUCUGUAAUGCUUUGUAGACAUCUACACACUACAGAUGGCAAGUGCAACUGGUACCAAGUGCUCACGACUAAUCUGAAUGUCACAGAUUUUUCUUCUUAUUGAAAAAACACAAUAUGAAUGGUACAUAGUAUUUGAAUUUACGAGAUCUAUUGUCACACAUGAACGUUACCGGGCUGAAAUCAAAUACUUAGUACAAUUUAUGUGAGAUUAAUCUACCUUGAAAAGCACAAACACAGUGCAUUCAGUGGAAAGAGAUGUGACUCUUAAAGUGCCCUCCUUAAAAUUUUAAUGAAUCACACACCGGCACACGUGAAAUGUCAGCUAGUAUUUCCAUGAAGCAAUGUGUCCUUAUGCACUUAAGACCAUUAACUGAGAAAAUCCACAGUUAUAGCUCAUUUUAAGCUUAAGUCGAGGUCACACUUUUCUGUUCUAUAAUAGGCUUUAAAAAAAAUCAUGCAUACGAAUGCUUCUCUGCCUACAUCCAUCUUCAGUUUGUUUUUCAGUCACUUCUUGAAUCCACCCAAACCGGAUGUCCUCUCCUGUAUAGUACUGACAUAACUGUGAACAUGGUUUUGAUGUCUUUGGUGCUGUUGAUAAAUUAUAAUAAGCGAUGUUGAGAUGACAGUACUGGUUCUUUGUUUUUGUAUUGUGAUUUCUUUUGUGCUUGAUUACUUUGUAACGUACUUGACAGCAUUCUUUAGAGAAAAUUGGAGACUUGUAUAAAUUUGUGAACUUGAUCGAUGAUUUAUCACUUGUGGUAUUGUCGAGGUUUUUAAACAGGUUUCACCAGUUUGAGUUCAGCCAUGAAAAAAAAAUCAUCCUUCUGUUUAUUUGGAACUCAGAUUUACCACAUUUGCAUUAUCAUAAGACUAUCUUGACUUAACAUAAUCGUGUGGGAAUCUUGACGUGUCUCCUAGAGGCAAAAAGAAGCUAAAUAAAUAAGGUUAUAUUUUGUGAAAUCUCAACUUUGAUCACCAUGAUCUCUCGCCCAGCUCGUCACCUCUUGCGUCCAAAAAUCAGAACAUGAAGUCAAAAGGAAUGUAAGUGCCUUAAGUCAAUGGCAUACAAAAUUUACAUCACAAGACCUUUUCGAUGCUGCAUGAACACAUAUACACCUCAAAAACGUAUGUGUCCUCUUAGAUGGCUGCUUUUCAUCCUUUCUUAUAUCUAAUAAAUACAUUAAUCACCACAAAGAAUUUCUAGUCAUUUGAUGGCUGACAAAAUAUAUGAAAUAAAUUUCCUGCUUACGCCUUUGAUUUAUGUCACGGGAACAUUUAAAAUGAUUAAAAGCUAUCCUACCUGAUAUAGCUGCAAUGACAUGCUUUUCUCCACAUAUCUAAUGUGAUCCUUUGAAGUCAAUCACUACUGGCCUGAUACAAAACACCAGUGAGCAUUAACCAUGGCUCAGAAAGACCAUCCAUCACUUGUUUCAGUCAGUAAAUUUGAGCUUUUAGAGACGGCAAGAAUGAUUUGCAGUUAUGAAUAUUUUGCCAAUACAAAUAUGGAAAUAUUUUUAUCACUGUUGACAGUCUUUGACAGAAUGUCAGCAUUAAUCAUAUCUCAUCACGAUUCAAAUUCUCUUUUCACUGUUUGGCUCAAAAGCUCAAGUCACAUUUCACCCCACUAGCAGGAGAAGUUUGCCUUUCAAAAGCUUUCUUAUCCGUUGUAGUUUACGGUCAUUGUUUGCUUGUGUCUAGGCAGCAAAUCUAUGUGGCAAAGCUUGAAGAAACAGUUAAAAUUCAUCCUUUUGAUGAUAUUAAACAUGUAUUGCAAAGCCUUUCUAGGCAGAAAGUUCUGAAGGCAAAAUUCUCCUAUGUGCAUUCACCCCAGGAAGCCAAACAUACAUAUUAUAUGAAUCUAUUGAUGGAGAACUAAACACAAGAAGAAAUCUUAAUUCUAAACCAUAAGUGUUUUACUGUGUCGGGGGAGGGUGGGGCGGUAUGUUUUCACAAAGCCUUAUGUAUGUCAUAUCUUACCAAACCACUGGUUUUCAGUUUUUAUUGACUGCCUUCUGCAAAGUUACCUGAUAUUUGCCUUGUGUUGUUAUUUUUCUGCUGUAAGUUAUUUUGCAGAGUGCCACGUGUACGAUUUUUAAAAUUAUAGAGUAAAAACAAUACUUUUGAGUCGUGUGUGCUGUGUUCUUUCAAACUUGUGCUGUGCAGAGUUCGCUGUAGUUGCCACAAGGGGGAGCUAAUGGUAAGACUAAAACGUCCCUUCACGCAAGUGCCUCAGCCUCAUGUGAACCGCUUAAAGUUCCCAGAUAUCUAAUAAUCACUCCAAGAGUUUAAUGUCAUCCACUUAGUGGUAAGUGCGGAUGAUUCAGCUUUUCUGGCCUCCGUGUUGUUCGCACAACAAAUCUGUUUGGGGCACAGGGAAAUGGCUUCAGCCAUAACAACAGGGUGACACUUCUGUGAGAUCAAAGGGGAUCAAAGUGCAUCAAAGGAGCUCACCUUACCAGUACUGACAUUCAGUAAAGUGGAGAUAAAAGCUCUACUUCAAAAGAUAUGCAGCAAUUCAAAUGCGCAAAGUGCUAGUGUGUUUGUCAGGUGUCUAUGGCGCAUCGCUUAUUCUUCUACAUACGCAGACACGUUCUCACACUCAAACUUCGGAUAAAGGCUCCGUGACCAGCAGAUGACGUCCAAGUGCU